GGAGCCCGGCCAGCCGAUGUCGGACUGGGACCGGUUCGCCGCCGAGGAGUACGAGCUGCUGGUGGCUGAGGAGGGGGCGGCCGAACAGGAUCCCGAAUUCCUGUACGAGGAGGACGGCGACCAGGAGUCGGAGCCGCUGGAGCGGCUGAGCAUCACGGAGCCGGUGCGCACGCCGGCCCGGCCGCGGCCCGACGCUGACGACGACUAUGCCGAGACGGACGCCGACUACACCUACAUCUCGGACGCGCCCGCCCACGCCAAAGUGGUGUGAGCGCGGCGCGCCACCGCAGCCAGCGAACAAGCGCGGCAGCUGGCGCCGGCGCUAUUUAUACGAGGACUGGCGCGCCGGGGGCCGGCCACCGGUGCGCACGUGCGGUCGCUUAGCGACGGCGAGUCGUGUGACGCGCGGCGCGCGAGCUGUGAUUCCGGCAGGCCGGCCGACCGGCCAGUGCGGCGGCGGCCCGCCGCGAGACGGAUCAACGGGCGGCGAACCCUUCCGGCGAGACAGAUCAAUUGCGGCCGGGCGGUUGUCAUGUGUCGAUCGCCACGAGUUCUGUGUGACAGGUGAACUCGUAAUCGAAUUUAUGUCAGCAGUCUGAGCAGAUCGUUAGUCAACUGUUUGUGCGCAUGUGAAUUAUUAGUGUUUGAUGUGACGAUUAGUUUUCCGUGAUCAAUUCCAAUGAACUGACAAGUUGCAUUCAUCCAGUGUAAAUAGUUCAUGUAUAUAGUGUCAUAUGUUUGUGGUGCAAUUGCCAAAUAUUGCAGUUUGAUACCUAACAGCCAUAUGCUUUUGAUGAUUAAAUCUCUAAUGUGGGA